ACUAAAUUAUAGUUCGGAAACAAGCAUUCAGAGAUCAGUGAAAAAUGAGUGAUGAGGCAAUACUGAGAGAAGAUGGCAGUAAGGUUGCCAUAGGAGCACGUCUGGAAUGUGAAGGCUACAGAGCAACCCUGAAAUAUAUAGGACCUGUAUCUCCUACUAAAGGUAUAUGGCUUGGUGUUGAGUGGGAUGAUCCAGACAGAGGCAAACAUGAUGGCACACAUGAAUGUCAUACAUACUUCAAAACCAAACAUCCAAAGUCUGGUUCCUUUAUCCGCGUAAAGAAAGCAAAUUUUGGUGUGCCAUUCAUGACAGCUGUUAAGGACAGGUAUGGUAAAAUAGAGGAUGAGAAUGCUGGAGUGAUCACAGAGGAACUAUAUGUUGUUGAUGAGCAGAAUCAGCAAACUGUUGUUGAAAUGGUCGGAGCUAGAAAAGUCAAUGAUUUACAAAGCAAAGUUGAUGCAUUGAAAGAAGUUGCUCUGCGAGGCAUGUCAGUGUAUGGAACACUGGAGUCACAUGACCUUUCUGUACUGGUUCCCAGUAUUGAAAUCUUGGAUCUCUCACAGAAUCUGAUGUCUUCCUGGGCACAAGUGGCAAUGAUAACAAAACAGCUGAAAAAUCUAAACUCAUUAAAUGUCAGUGAGAAUAAUUUAGAGCUACCACCGGAUCCUAAACUUUUGCUGUCCAGUUUCUCCCACAUUAAAGUGCUAUUUUUAAACAGAACAGGUUAUUCUUGGCAACAGAUUUUACAGUGUUGUGAUAUGUUCCCAAACCUAGAACAGAUACAUGCCUGCUUCAACUGUAUAGAAAAGCUCUCCAGUGUUGAAGGUAGAAUACAAAAUGUGAGACUGGUUAACUUAGAAUCCAAUAAAAUUUCAGACUGGUCACAGUAUUUACAGCUCGGACACUUGCCUAAGUUAGAGACAUUGAUAGCAAGUGACAAUGGUAUAACUGCAAUACAGUUUCCUAGCAACAGUUCUUUAGCAACAGACAUGUUCACACAGCUUCACACAUUGACUCUAAAUAAUAACGGCAUUAGUGAGUGGAACAGUAUUAAUGAAUUAAACAAACUGGCUCGAUUGGAAGAAUUACGUUUGAAAUCUAAUGCCAUUCUGGACUUGGCUACACCUCAGACUGUUCGACAACUCCUCAUUGCAAAAUUAAAACAUGCAAAGCUUAUAAAUAGAACUGAGGUAACUUCAGAAGAAAGAAAAGGUGCAGAAAUAGAUUAUCUGAAGAGGUUUGGUCCAGAGUGGGUGAAGUCAGGGGGUAGUCAGGAUGUUAACAGGAAUAAACCAUCUGCUGAAUUCCUGAAAAAUCAUCCUCGCUUCCAAGAUCUUGUGCAGAUAUGGGGAGCACCAGAAGACUCGGAGAUGCAGCAACAAUCCACUUCACUGAAGAACAGUCUGAUUACUGUAAAGAUUGCAUGUCCCUCCAUGCCUGAUAAAAAAGUCACAGAAAAGAAACUUCCUGAUACAAUGACAAUCCAGAAAUUGAAGGCAUUGAUAUACCGACUGUAUAAACUGGACACAGAAAUACAGCUAUCUUAUCUUAGUCAAAAGAUGAAUGGAGAGGAGAUAGAACUAGAUAACGACCAGAGAUUUCUCUCAUAUUAUUCUAUAGAGCCUGGAGAUGUGAUCCAAGUGAAGUUAUGAAGUUAGCUGUAACAUUAGUCAAGUGCUUCAACUACUUUAAAUGUUAGAUGAAUUGGAUUUAAAAAAUUUGACCACCAAACAUUGUGACAGUGAAAACAAUCAGCUGUAUAUUAAGCUUUCCUCUGCAUAAAUACCACUUCAGACUGGUAAAAAAUCCCGAAAACUAGUGAUGUGACUGUUGUUGUUUCUGUCCACCAGACUGAACUGUGAUAUAUUUAUUUUGUGUGGUUUAUACCAUCCAUUAAACUAUUUUCUUGUCCCCGCCUUUUUUUAGCUCAUCUGAUUUUUUGAAAACAAAUGAUGAGUUAUUGUCAUCACUUGAGCGGUUGUCGGCGUCGGCGUCGGCGUCGGCGUUGCCUGGUUAAGUUUUAUGUUUAGGUCAGCUUUUCUCCUAAACUAUCAAAGCUAUUGCUUUGAAACUUGGAAUACUUGUUCACCAUCAUAAGCUGACCCUGUAUAGCAAGAAACAUAACUCCAUCUUGCUUUUUGCAAGAUUUAUGGCCCCUUUUGUACUUAGAAAUAUCAGAUUUCUUGGUUAAGUUUUAUGUUUAGGUCAACUUUUCUCCUAAACUAUCAAAGCUUUUGCUUUGAAACUUGGAAUACUUGUUCACCAUCAUAAGCAGACCCUGUACAUCAAGAAACAUAACUCCAUCUUGCUUUUUGCAAGAAUUAUUGCCCCUUUUGGACUUAGAAAAUCAGUUUUCUUGGUUAAGUUUUAUGUUUAGGUCAGCUUUUAUCCUAAACUAUCAAAGCUAUUCCUUUAAAUCUUGCAACACUUGUUCACCAUCAUAAGCUGACCCUGUACAGCAAGAAACAUAACUCCAUCCUGCUUUUUGCAAGAUUUAUGGCCCCUUUUGGACUUAGAAAAUAUCAGAUUUCUUGGUUAAGUUUUAUGUUUAGGUCAACUUUUUCUCCUAAACUAUCAAAGCUAUUGCUUUAAAACUUGCAACUCUUGUUCGCCAUCAUAAGCUGACCCUGUACAGCAAGCAACAUAACUCCAUCCUGCUUUUUGCAAUAAUUAUUGCCCCUUUUGGACUUAGAAAAAUCAUUUUCUUGGUUGAAUAUUAUGUUUAAGUCAACUUUUCUCAUAAACUAUCAAAGCUAUUGCUUUAAAACUUGCAACAGUUUUUCACCAUCAUAAGUGGACACUGUACAUCAAGAAACAUAACUCUAUCCUGCUUUUUGCAAGAGUGAUGGCCCUUUUUAGACUUAGAAAAUCAUGGGUAGGACAAUAUUUCUAUUAUACAAAAAAAAUCAGAUGAGCGUCAGCACCCGCAAGGCGGUGCUCUUGUUUAAAAAAAUAGGGGGACAUAGAAAUGGACUGCCUCCUUCCCUCCAUUUGUCUGUCCUUCAGUCAUACUUUUUGUCUGGUCCAUAACACUGCCAUCCAUAAAAGGAUUUUAAAAUAACUUGGCAUAAAUGUUCCACAUAAAAAGAUGACUUGUUGCAUGCAAGACCCAGAUCUCUAGCUCCAAGGUCAAGGUCACACUUGGAGGUCAAUGGUCAACAGGGUCUGUUUAAUGUCCAGUCCAUAAUCCCUAUAUGAGACGUGUCUUACACAAACCCCAGAGCCCUGGCUCCAAAGACAAGGUCAAAUUGGAGGUCAAAGAUUAACAGGUUCUGUUUUGUGGCUGGUCCAUCACCUUGUCAUUCAUCAAGGGAUCUUGAAAUUACAUGACACAAAUGUUCCCCAUAAUGAGACAACAUGUCGUGCACAAGUCCCAGAUCCCUAGCUUCAAGGUUAAGGCGACACUUGGAUGUCAAAGAUUAACAAGGGCUGUUUUGUGUCUGGUCCACAUCUCUGCCAUUCGUCUUAGUAUUUUGAAAUGACUAGGUACUAAUGAUCCCAGAAUGAGACAACCUGUCGCACACAAGACCCAGACCCUUAACUCAGAGGUCAAGGUCACAUUUUGAGGUCAACAGGUUAACAGUAUCUGUUUUAUGUCAGGUCCAUAACUCUACCAUUCAUCAAGAGAUCUCAAAAUCACUGGGCACAAGUGUUCCCCAUAAAGAGACAACAUGUUAAGUGCAAGACCCAGGCCCCAGUCUCAAAGGUCUAGGUCACAUAUAGAGGUCAAAGAUAUUAGGUCAUUUUUUCCCAGGUGAAUAACUUUACUUUGUAUAGAUGGAUAUUCAAGCACAAACAGUCACAAUAAUGAAGUGAUUUGUUGCAAUUUAAGACACUAACCUCUAUCUCAAGGUCAAGGUUAUAUUUGGAGAUAAAAGAUUUUUGUUGUUUGUUUUUUUUUUCAAUUUUUUUGUCUGGUCUGUAACUUUUUAUGCUAGGAUGUUUAUUUGUAUAUCUUGGCAUAAAUAUUCACCGUUACAAGACAGUUUUUCAUAUGCAAUACCCAGACCCUUCUCUGAAAGGCCUAGCCACAGGCACUCGAGUUAAUUUUAUUUUUUGUUGGUACAUGAAAUUACUUCCCUUUUAUUAGCUCACCUGUCACGUAGUGACAGGGUGAGCUUUUGUGACCACAUUUUGUCCAUCAUCGUCCAGAGUUAUGGCCCCUUAAAGGGCCAAAAUUUGCUAUUUUUGGCUUGUGAACACGAUAGAGACCACAUUUUGCAAUCAAAUUUAAUCAAACUUGCAUACAACUUGUAUUGGCAUAAUAUCUGGGUUCUUUUCAAAAACUGGCCAGAUUCCAUCAAGGGUUCCAGAGUUAUGGCCCCUUAAAGGGCCAAAAUUUGCUAUUUUUGGAUUGUGAACACGAUAGAGACUACAUUUUGCAAUCAACUUUAAUCAAACUUGCACACAACUUGUAUUGGCAUAAUAUCUCGGUUCCUUUCGAAAACUGGCCAGAUCCCAUAAUGGGUUCGAGAGUUAUGGCCCCUUAAAGGGCCAAAAUUUGCUAUUUUGGCUUUUGCAGCCAUAUAGAUACUUCAUUUAAGGUUUGAUUUGAUACAAACUUGCAAAAUAUCUUUAACAACAAUAACUCUUGGAUUCCAUGAUGAAUCUGUCGGAUCCAUUCUUAGGUUCCGGAGUUACGGCCCCUGAUUGACCCCUGAAAGAGCCAAAAUUUGUUAAUUUUUACCUUGUGAACACGAUAGAAGUGACAUUUUAUAUUUGAUUUUAACCAAACUUACACACAACUUAAGUCACAAUAAGAUCACGGUUCCUUUCGAAAACCGGCUAGAUUCCAUCAAGAGUUCUUGAGUUACUGCCCCUGAAAGGGACAAAAUUUUCUAUUUUGGCCCUUUCAGCCAUAUAGAGGUUUCAUUUAUGCUUUGAUUUGAUACAGACUUACACAGAAUGAUUACCUUGAUCUCUAGGCCUGGAUCGAAACUGGGUCAUGUCGGGUCAAAAACUAGGUCAUCAGGUCAAAUCAAAGGAAAAGCUUGUUAACACCCUAGAGGCCACAUUUAUGACCCUAUCUUCAUGAAACUUAGUCAGAAUGUUUAUCUUGAUGAUUUCUAGACCAAUUUCAAAACUGGGUCAUAUGGGGUCAAAAACUAGGUCACCCGGUCAAAUCAAAGGAAAAGCUUGUUAACACUCUUGAGGCCACAUUUAUGACCCUGUCUACAUGAAACUUAGUCAGAAUGUUUAUCUUGAUGAUUUCUAGGCCAUUUCAAAACUGGGUCAUAUGGGGUCAAAAACUAGGUCAACUGGUCAAAUCAAAGGAAAAGCUUGUUAACACUCUUGAGCCGCAUUUAUGACCCUAUCUUCAUGAAACUUGGUCAGAAUGUUUAUCUUGAUGAUUCCUAGGCCAAGUUCGAAACUGGGUCAUAUGGAGUCAAAAGCUAGGUCACCCAGUCAAAUCAAAGGAAAAGCUUGUUAACGAUCUUGUUCAUCUGAUGUGCAUGAAACUUGGUCAGAAUGUUUGUCUGCAUGAAAUAUCAGAUUAAUUUUUAUCUGGGUCAUGUGGGGUCAAAAAUAGGUCACCAGGUCAAAUCAAAGAAUAAGCUUGUUUACACCCUAGGGGGCACAUUUUUGAUUCUAUCUUCAUAAAACUUGGUCAGAAUAUUUGUUAUCAUGAAGUCUUGGGUGAUUUCAAAUCUGGGUCACGUGAGGACAAAAACUGGGUCACUAGGUCAAAUCAAAGGAAAAGCUUGUAUACACUCUAGAAGCCACUUUUUUGCUCUAACCUUCCCGAAACUUUGUCAGAAUGUUUGUUUUCAUGAAAUUUUAGACAGGUUUGAAUCUGGGUCAUGUGGGGUAAAAAACUAGGUCACUAGGUCAAAUCAACGAAAAUGCUUGUUUACUCUUUAGAGGCCACGUUUUUGGUCCAAUCUUAAUGAAAAUUUGUCAGAAUAUUUGUCUCCGUGAAAUCACUAGGUAAAACAUGUUUACACUGUUAUGGUUACUCAGGUGAGCGACCUAGGGCCAUCUUGGCCCUCUUGUAUGAUAAAGUUUAAUACACUUGUUUUUUUUUCAUCAAUUUAAAGAUAAGAUUACGGUUGAUAUUGAUAAGGUAUAAAAAAAAAUAUAACUAAUUGUCGAUUUUCAGAUUGGAAACCCAAGUUUUAUUUUAUAUAGGUUAAUAUAGCAUUAUGAGGAUUGCAAUAUAUAAGUUGUUAGGCAAUGCAGCUCUAUGCAUCAACCAACAAUCAGCUUCCAACAAUAGCAUAAACUUUCAGUGAUAUGUACUUUAAAAGCAAGUUUCAUUAGUACCAUGUAUUUGUUGUCUCCCAAAGUCCUGUAUUACAUUUGUUUAUUAAUUAUUUCUCUUUAAUAGUAUAAAAUAUUUGAUUACAUUUUUGUUUCUUUUUUCUUAUCCAAUUUAAAAAUAAACUCACAUUAAAUCUUUAAAAUACAGAUAUUAAGAUUUAAAGACAUUUACCAGUUAUAGAUUUCCAGCAUUUUCAAACUACACACCUCUUCAUAAAUAAUAAGAUACAUACUUAUAAUUAUAUGAUUGAUCUCUAGACUGGGGAUGAUGGUAGCUCUGUUACAAUUUCUUGUUGAUGAUACUUCUGUCAUAUACCUGUAUCUGUUACCUGUUUUCACUUAUUCUGCAAGUUAAAGACUUGUGAUUUAGUAAAAAUGAUAUCUGUUUAUUUCUUUUGCAAAUUUUAAAUGAUCUUAGUGCAACUGGGCUUUUUAAGAAUAAUGGAUAAUGAAUCAUAUAUUAUGUAAUUGUGCACAUUGAUUUUGCAAGUCAAUAUAGUAUGGAAAUAAAUACAUUGACUAAUAUCAGGU